AUAGACCUAUGGAGAAGCGAGGAGAUGCAGCUGGUGCAGCUAAUGAUCCCAGCGGAUGCUGCGCACGACACUGUGGAAGUGUUGGGUGAAAUCGGAUUGCUCCAGUUUAAAGACUUGAACGUGGACAAGUCGGCCUUUCAGCGGACUUACGCAAACCAGGUCCGGCGCUGUGAUGAGCUGGCUCGCAAGCUGAGGUUCUUCCGUGAGCAGAUUGACAAGGCGGGGUUGCCGAUAACCAGUCGCUCAAUCCUGGAGUCGUCCAAUGUCACACUGGACGAGCUCGAGAGUUUGUUGGAGCAGUUGGAGCGGGAGAUGGUUGAGAUGAAUGCCAACCAUGACAGGAUGCAGAGGGCGCAUGCAGAGCUUGCUGAGCUGUCACUGCUACUGGAUUGUGCGGGUGAUUUGUGUUUUUUGGUGCUGUGGGCUUCAAGUUCCCCCACCUCCUCCCCUCCCAUAUCAUGCUUUCCCCUCUUUUCGUUUUCCCCCCAUUUUUCAUUACAUGUACGGCACUUACGACACCCUCAGUACGAGCCGAAGAUUGGUCGGCUGGGCUCCAUUGCGGGCCUUAUCUCCCGGGAGCGGCUGGGGGGUUUUGAGCGGCUGUUGUUCCGGGCCACUCGCGGCAACAACUACUUCCGUUCCAUGCCUGUGGGGCUGGUGCUGGACCCGGCAACUGGUGAGGCUGUGGACAAGGUGGUGUUUGUUGUGUUCUUUGCGGGGGAGCGAGCACGUGUCAAGAUUGGCAAGAUUUGUGAGGCGUUUGGUGCCAACCGCUACCCUCUGCCGGAGGAGCCCAACCGUCAGCGGGCUAUGGCCGCGGAGGUGGGGGGUCGGCUCACGGAGAUGAAGACGACUCUUGACGUGGGGGACCUGCAGCGGACCAGGUUGAUACAGAGGGUGGCGUCGGAUAUUGACUCUUGGACCUGCCUGGUGCGCCGGGAGAAGGCCAUCUACCACACGCUGAACAAGUGUAAUGUGGAUGUGACCCGGAAGGUGUUGGUGGCGGAGGCCUGGGUGCCCUCCUUGGCGAGGCCCCGGGUGCAGGAGGCGCUCAGAGCGGUGGCGGAUAGCGCCAACCAGGUUGGCGCCAUCCUGCAGCCCCUGGCGACUCACGAGAACCCCCCCACCUACUUUAAGACGAACAAAUUGACCAGCAGUCCAUUGUGGACGCGUACGGCAUUGCGCGUUACCGGGAGGUAAAUCCCGCAGUGUUCACCAUUGCGACGUUUCCGUUUUUGUUCGCGGUUAUGUUUGGAGACCUGGGUCAUGGAUUGCUGAUGACCCUCUUCGCGGCCUUCCUGCUUAUCAACGAAAAGAAGUUUGGAAAGCAGCAGCAGGGCCGUACCCGUUUGGUCUGGACCCCAUAUGGCAUGGCACCAAGACGGAGCUCCCCUUUUUGAACUCCAUGAAGAUGAAGAUGUCCAUCCUGCUGGGGGUGACCCACAUGAACCUGGGUAUCAUCAUGUCGCUGCUGAACAACAACUACUUUAGGGACCGGCUGUCCACUUGGUGCGAGUUCGUGCCCCAGAUGAUAUUCCUGAACGGUCUGUUCGGCUACCUGUCGGCCCUCAUUGUGGGCAAGUGGGUGUCUGGAUCCAUGGUGGAUCUGUACCACGUGAUGAUUUACAUGUUCCUGAGUCCAGGCACGGUGGACAAGGCUGGUUUCCUGUUUUCGGGACAGAGUGGAGUUCAGGUGCUGCUGCUGUUGGUGUCGCUGGUGGCGGUCCCGUGGAUGCUGCUGCCCAAGCCACUCAUUCUCAAGAAGCGAGCGGAAGCAGCGAGCAAGGUUCGCGGGGAGUACCGGAGGUUGGACCGGGAUCACGAGGCCGCGCACGACAGUGGUGGCGAUCACGGAGGUCACGGAGGGCAUGGAGGACAUGGCGACCACUUUGACUUUGGCGAAGUCAUGGUGCACCAGAUGAUCCACACGAUUGAGUUCGUACUCGGUGCUGUAUCCAACACUGCUUCGUACCUACGUCUGUGGGCCCUAUCCCUGGCUCACUCGCAGCUGUCGGCCGUGUUCUACGACCGAGUGCUUAUGAUGACCAUCGAGCUGAACAGUCCGUUUGCCAUGGUUGUGGGAUUCUUCGUGUUUGCCGUGGCCACGCUCGGUGUGCUGAUGGUGAUGGAGUCGCUUUCGGCCUUCUUGCACGCGCUGCGUCUCCAUUGGGUGGAGUUUCAGAAUAAGUUCUACCGGGGUGAUGGAUACUCGUUCGCGCCGUUUGCUUUU